AUGGCGGCUGGAGCAAUUCUGCGGGACCGGCAUGUGCCUCGAGGUGAUGACUUGAUUCCCCUGGAUGUAACCGAUGACAAGGACUCCAGAGAUGCAGAGCGUCACCGUCCCAAAGCCAUGCGCCUGAUGACGGAACGGUACUUGGGAGUGCUCCGGGACGACAAAACGCUGGAGCUGCUGGACUUGGACAACGGUGGAGCAACAUCUGCAAAGCUCACGCUUCAGACGAAAACGCAUCUGGAGAGCUUCUGUGCCAGCAGCGAUCACAUGUACCUGCUUGGGUCCGGCUCACACCCAUCCCUGUUGCGAGUUCCGCUCCGGGCGGCCUUCGCUGGGUGA